CCCUGGUUUCGCGUACGCCAUUUGUGAACGAAUUUGAAUCUACUAAUUUUCUGUUGUUUAUAGUACAAGACGAUAAUUUGACUUACUGUCUAGAUACUGAUAGACAGAGUUAUGGCAGAUAAGUUAGCAGGUGUAUUGGCUUCUGCUACAAGAGUGUUGACCCGAGCUGUUGAACUAGACACAGCAGGCCGUUAUCCAGAUGCUGUUGUCUGUUAUCAGGAAGGUCUUCAGUUACUCAUUGAUGUGUUAAAAGGUACCCCAACAGAAAAGAAAGAGGGAAUUAGAACAAAGAUAAAUGAGUAUAUGAAGAGAGCCGAGGAACUUAAGAAGAAAGUAGAGGAAGAAAAAGAAGCUGGAAAAUAUCAUGAACAGAUUCACAUAGAAAGUAAUUCCACUGGGCAUAGUUUUGAAAGGCUGUUUGGAAGAUUUCUUGAUGAAAAUUUAACAGAAGUUACAGUUGAAGACCCAUACAUUAGGUCAACACAUCAGUUGUAUAACUUCUUGCGUUUUUGUGAACUUCUUGUAAAAUCAGAAGCGAAAGUAAAUAAGAUAAAAUUGAUCACUGGGCAGGAUGAGAAUGGAGAUCAGAGAAGAUUCCAGCAGUCCAAGCUGUCUGAACUGACAACAAGUCUGUUAUCCUAUCAAAUAGCACUUGAGAUAGAGUUUUCACAGACUCUACACGAUAGAGAAAUCAGAUUUAACAAUGGUUGGAUUAUUAAGAUAGGUCGAGGGUUAGAUAUAUACAAGGCCACACAAGGGAAGUUUGAUAUAGGAUUCUGUGACUUUGACUUAAGAAAGUGUUAUGAAACAACAGUAGAUAUAUUUCACAGUAAACAUGUAAACUCAACAUUCUCCGCUUCAGGAUCUUAGAACAUUGAACAACUUUUGUAGAUUUUUUAUUUUGAUAAGCUGUUCUGUGAUUUAUCCAUACACUGUCUGUUAUGUUUCUCACCUAUACAUUUCUCAUAUAAACAUAUAAUAAAAACCUAUAUAUUAUUAUGUGAUUAAAGUGACAUUAUACUUAUUUUUUCACUAUCAAGUUUAACUGCAUCAGCAACAUAGUACUAAAGAUUGACUAUUAUGAUUGUAUUUGGCCACUAAUUGAUUAUAAAUGAAAUGUGUAAACUGACUAAUAUAAUAAAAAAAAAUGCGCAUUUUUUUAUUGAUUGACUGGUGAUUUCUUUUACUUAUGAAUUCCAAAGGAAAACUAAAGAAAUUGCGGUUAGUCAAGUGGGUUAUUGUUUAUUCAUAUAUUUAAUAUUGAAAGCAUUUAUGGUAAAAUGUAAAUGUAUUUUGACAUUUCCCAUCACACUUGGAUGGGCAUAAUGUCAUUUUAGACAAAGCUCAAAUUGCUGUCUCUUUAGUAUAUCUAUACAGUUAUCACAUCAGCUAAUGACGUCACAACACAAUGAAUUCAGCCCAUGGAAUAAUUAAAGUAAAAAUCUGAUACUGUCAUACAAUCUUGACAAUCUUGUUGUUCGGGGAAUAUAUGUCAUUACUGAAUUUUGAUUCUAAAAAAACAAUCUGUACAGUAUUUGUUUUGGAAGUAAUUGUUGUUUACAACCUGUUAACAUUGUUCCUCGUCCAAGCUCUCCCAUGAACUUAAACAUUUUUAUUGCUCUUUUUGUACACAUUUAUAACAGUAUAUUAUUAUAAUAUUAACACAAAGUAGCAAGAGGGUUUAACCACGAGUUCUUACAGCAUCAGUAAACGGUUCUUCCCUGAAAUAUGAAAUUAUCUAAAUAAUAAGACAUUUACCAAUCAAAAUUGCAUGAUAGUAGAGUAGCUUUGGGAAAUCUAAAUGGUAUAUGUACAAGAAAAAGGAAAAGAAAAAAAGUGGGAUGGAGAGUUCAAUAUCAAAUGUACAAGACAAGAACUAUUUAUAUAUAUAUAAAACAAUUUUGACAUAACUACAAAUAUGUUCUUUAAAAUCUACAGGAGGCUUAGUAAAUACUUAAACCAUUUGCUGUUGUUAUAUACUUAUCAUUUGUAUAACAUUUACAUGCAUUUGAUGCAAUAAAAAUGUUU